ACAAAAAGCAGCCAUUUUACCAUCUAUCUAACAGUCAGCUCUCAAAGUCCAAAGUGAAAAGGUCUUUAAAUUGAAGUCUAAACUGGAAGCUCUUCCUUCAUCUCUUUCUAUAAUUUUCCAUAACUUUCCUUUCAAGAUUCAGUUUCCCUUCUUUUCUGAUUCUCUCGCUUUCUUCCUUCCUUCCUCUUUUUCAAGAAAAACAAAAGACAGUGUUUCUUUUGCUAAUAGUAGUUCAGAUAGAUGUGUAUUUUCUUUUUCUAAAACCCUCCACGAUUUUAACAAAUCCCCCCUAUCGAAUUCCCAGCCAUGUCUUCCACUUCUUUAUCCGACGCCACAACUACGUCGGCGUCUGAUCCUCACGCGCCCCUCCUCCGCUCGCGCCAGUCUGAUGCCUCCGCGGCUCGCUCUUCUGCCCUGGCUCUUUUGUUGGGGCGGGUCACCGGACGCCGUGGCGCGUCCAUGCUUGUGAGGGAGACCGCGGCACGCGAGUUGGAGGAGCGCCGGGCGGACUGGGGGUACUCGAAGCCUGUGGUGGCCUUGGAUAUUCUGUGGAACACGGCUUUCGUGGUGGUGUCGGUGGUGAUGUUGAUCUGUACGGUGAAUGAGAGGCCUAACACUCCUGUUAGAGUGUGGAUAUGUGGGUAUGCUUUGCAGUGCUCGGUGCAUGUUGUCUUGGUGUGGUUAGAAUACAAGAGAAGGAAUGCUAGAAGAGCAUCUGGUAGGGGUGAGGAGAGAGGAGAAGAUGUUACUGAUAGUGAAGAUGAUGAAGAUUCGAAUCAAUCAAGUGUAACUAAACGAUGUGAAUCAGUGAAUACCCUGGCAUCAUUUAUCUGGUGGAUAGUGGGCUUCUAUUGGGUAAUUUCUGGUGGCAAUAUCCUUCUACAACAGGCUCCACGCUUGUACUGGUUGGCUGUGGUUUUUCUGGCAUUUGAUGUGUUCUUUGCAAUCUUUUGUGUUGUUUUGGCAUGUUUGAUUGGGAUUGCUUUAUGUUGCUGCUUGCCAUGCAUCAUUGCAAUUCUUUAUGCUGUUGCAGGGCAGGAAGGUGCAUCUGAAGCAGAUCUUAGCAUUCUUCCAAAAUACAGAUUUCAGAUUAUAAACAUUGGUGAGAAGCCUAGCGUGGGGGUAGGAAAAAUGGUUCCCGUAGAAACAAGCAGUGGAUAUUUGGCAAAUGAGCGCAUACUCUUACCUGAGGAUGCAGAAUGCUGUAUAUGUCUAUGCUCGUAUGAAGAUGGGGUGGACCUCCAUGCUCUCCCUUGCAACCACCAUUUUCAUUCAACAUGCAUUGUGAAAUGGCUGAAGAUGAAUGCAACAUGCCCCCUUUGCAAGUACAAUAUUUUGAAGGGAACUGAACAAGUAUGAUGGUAAAAAAACUCGGAUCCCCCAAAUGGCAGACCCAAUUCAAAUGCUUAUACUUUCUGCAUAUGUACAGUAGAAACCAAAUCAAGAAGAGAAAUAACACUGUUGAAUAUCUUAGCCUUUUUCUUUUCAUUUUAAAUUUUAAUUGGCCUUUUGGAGUUUGAUUUUUCUUUGGUCCUUCCUAAAUCUUUAGUUGUUCGACAUUCUCUACAGUCAAGAAUGGAAUGAUUUUCAUUCUUCAAAUGUUCUGUUGUACUUUGCGUCAUUAUUGUAGAAUGGAAUUUUAUUUGGCUUAA